AUACAGUUUAAUUCAAUCAACUAAACAGCACUGAAUUCACCUUGUGGAAUGAAAUGAAGUUUACUGAACUAAAUAAAUGUUACCUAGAUGAAAAUGAACGCAGUUUCGUGGCACCUGUUGACCUAAAAAGUGAUUUUAUUGGAUCACUUCAUUCUUUUUUUAUUGUUUCCGGGGUUUCAUUUUAUUAUUAUUUCUUUGCACUAGAAAUCAUUAGAAAUAAAAGUGCAUUAGUUAGGCAGAGUCAUGAUUUCUAUUUAAUUAUUUAUUUCUAAUUAUUAUGAAAUAAUAAAUAACAUUUAUUUGAAUAUACUACAAGUAUGGAGCAAGAAUUCCGGUUCACGUGCCUCAGUCAGGUUGGAUUUUUGGUCCUUCAUGUAAAAGCGUUUCGGAGCCUCUGGUCUGAUGCGUCCCCGCACUUUAAUUAGAGAUUUUUUGUAAAUGUGUAACUGUGUAAUAAAUCAACGCGGGAUUAAAAAGGGGCGUGGUUUAAUGAUGUCAUUCAGCAGAAACGAAAGUAAUACGUGAAAGAGUUUGGAGAUCAGGAUUGAGCAGGUUGCAGCAGGACACAAUCUCCAGUUUGAAGCUUUUGCAGUCUUUCUUUAAGGAACUGAAGUCACAGCAGUCAUGGCUUCCUCCAGCAGUGCUCUGUGUGAAGAUCAGCUCCAGUGCUGCAUCUGUCUGGAUGUGUUUACUGAUCCAGUCUCUACUCCAUGUGGACACAACUUCUGUAUGAUUUGUCUAAAAGAGUAUUGGGACAGCAGUUCACACUGCCAGUGUCCAGUGUGUAAGGAGAAAUUCUCCACUCGUCCUGAUCUAUGUGUGAAUACGUUCAUCUCUGCACUUGCUGCUCCAUUUAACAAGUCAGUUCAGGUGAAAUCCAGCAGAGAUGCAGAAAACCCCACCCGAUCUCAGGUGCCCUGUGAGGUCUGCUGUGAAAAGCAGUGUGUAGCCGUGAAGUCCUGCCUGAUCUGUAUGGCUUCUUACUGCAAGACUCAUCUGGAACCUCAUGAGAGAGUUUCUUCAUUAAAGAAGCACAAACUGAUUGAGCCUGUGGAGAACCUGGAGGACUACAUCUGCCAGAAACAUGAGAGACCCCUGGAGCUGUUCUGUAGAGACGACCAGACGUGUGUGUGUCAGUUCUGUACUGAAGGAGACCACAAAUCCCACAACACUGUUUCUGUAGAGGAGGAGAGUGUUGAGAAGAAGAAUGAACUGGUGAAGACUCAAGCAGAAGUUGAGCAGAAGAUCCAGGAGCGACUAAAGAAGAUUGAGGAAAUCAAACACUCAGUAGAAGUCAAUAAAAAAAACUCAGAAAAGGAAGAAGCAGAUGUUGUGGAGAUGUUCAGUGCUCUCAUACGCUGCUUUGAGAGAAGCCAGGCUGAGCUGCUCAAGGUGAUGGAGGAGAAUCAGAAAGCAGCAGAGAGGCAGGCUGAAGAGUUCAUUAAAGAUCUGGAGCAGGAACUCAGUGAGCUUAAGAGAAGAAACACUGAUCUGGAGCAGCUCUUACACACUGAGGAUCACCUCCACCUCUUACAGAUUUACCCGUCACUGUGCAGCUCUCCACACACCCAGGACUGGACUUCCAUCACAAUUACCUCUCAUCUGAGUGUGGAGACUCUGAGGAGAGCUCUGGCUCAGCUUCAGGAGACUCUCAGUCAGGAAAUGAAGAAGGUUGAUGAAACUGAACUGAAGAGAAUUCAACAAUAUGCAGUGGACGUGACUCUGGAUCCUGAUACAGCAAAUCCUUAUCUCGUCCUGUCUGAUGAUGGAAAACAAGUUCAUGAUGGAGAUACAAUUCAGAAUCUCCCUGGUAAUCCAGAGAGGUUUGAUACUUGUGUCUGUGUGUUGGGAAAGGAGGGAUUCUCCUCAGGGAGAUUUUACUAUGAGGUGCAGGUCAAAGGGAAGACUGAGUGGGAUUUAGGAGUCGCCAGAGAAUCCAUUAACAGGAAAGGAGAGAUUAAAGCCAGAAGACCUGAAGAUGGAUACUGGUGUGUGGUUCUGAGGAAUAAAACUGAAUACGUGGCUCUGGAAUCUCCCCGUGUCUCCAUCUCCUUGAAACAGUCUCCUCAGAAGGUUGGAGUGUUUGUGGAUUAUGAGGAGGGUCUGGUUUUCUUCUAUGAUGUUGAUGCAAAAUCUCAUAUCUACUCUUUCACUGCUCAGACUUUCACUGAGAAACUUUACCCAUUAUUCAGCCCCUGUUUUAAUGAUGGAGGUGAAAAUUCAGCCCCACUGAUCAUCUGCCCUGUUCAUCAAAACUAAUCCUACAUUUAUAAUUAAGAUCAAAACCUGUAAUGUGGGUAAUUUUAUCAUUGACUGUAAUAUGUUUACUAAUCAGUAGUAUAUCAAUUUCAUUGUGAUUAGUGUGGAUACCUAUAGAACUAUAGAACUCUGGAUAAUUAUGGAAACUCAUGUUAUCUUCUGGCCUGUAAAUACCAGAAGAACAGAUGGUAGACAUUAAUAACUGUGUGAGGAAGACUGAUAUGGAUGAAGAUGUACAGGAAAAGGCACAUGUAUAGAUAAAGAAAAUGGGAUGUUAUAUGGUGAUUAGUUAAUUUGUUUCUCCAAGUAAAUUUAAUUUAUUUUGUUAAAUUAAAAUAAAUAUGCAUGAUUGUGUCCAAUAAAGUUCUUAGGUGAUGGAAUUUCA